AUGCUCAAAUCAAUUCUCAUGCUAGCACUCUGUGCAAUCAUUCCUUUCGCUCAGGCCUACGAGAUUAACGUCUGGAACAAUGCCGGCAAGAAAAUCUCGUUGUUCGAGGACCCAGGCUACAGAACCUGCAUUUGCCUCAAGAACACUCAAUCCGCCAAGAUUUACAACAAGGAUGGAGGAGACCUCAAGUUGUUCUCGACCAGUGAUUGCACCGGAAACUAUUCUCAGCUUGGAAAUGACAAGACUCAAAUCAACGCGCAGUGGGUCAACAGUCUUUCUCUUGGCAAGUCUGGCAUCCCAUCUUCGGGUCCUCUUACCUGCCCCAACUACUUCAACGUUUAA